AUGAAAGGUAAAUUUGGAUUGGAUAUUGCUCACUAUGUUUCUCUCCCUUCAUUUGCAGAAGAUGCUUUAUAUAAAACUACAGGACAAGAGAUUGAGCUAUUUACUGAUGAUAAUAUGUACCUCUUCUGUGAGAAAGGUAUCAGAGGAGGUAUUUCAAUGAUAACACCAGAUGAAACUCCAGACCUUUUUAAUAAAAUUACCAAAUGGGAUAUCCCUGAUAAUGCAGAAAAAGGCUAUAUUUUGGAAGUUGAUCUUGACUAUCCAUAUAAUUUACACAAAGCUCAUACUUCAUAUCCUUUAGCUCCUGAAAAUAUCAAUAUUUCUAAAGAGGAAAUGAGUAAGUGUGGACAAGAGGUUAUUAAUAAUUUAAAACAUUAUACAAAGACUAAGAAACUCGUUCCAAAUCUCAAUAAUAAGAAAAAUGAUUAUAAGCCGGAACAUCCUAUAUACGAAGCUCUCGGAAAAGAAAAGAUUAUUUUGAAUAAAAAAGUUCUUGGUAAGUUUAAGGAUGAAAGUUGCGAUACUGCUAUGUGGAAAUUUUGUAGACCAAGACCUAAGCUCUAUAGUUAUAUUCUUGCUAAUGAAAAAACAGAUCGAAGAGCUAAAGGGGUACAAAAGGUAGUAGUCAAAAAGAACUUUACUCAUAAUAUGUAUAAAGAUUGUUUAAAAUCUCGAAAAGAAUAUAUGGUAACAAUGCAUAGAUUAGGAAGUAAAGACCAUAUUAUUAGACUUCUUCAUUCAUCUUAA